AUGUCUUCUGAACCUGCAGCUGAGCCGAUUGUGCAGCACAACGGCAAAGAAUACGAAACGGUCAAGGAAGGAUUGGCGUACAUUCUGAGACCAGUGACAAAAGAUCCUUCGAAACCACAUAAGCCAGGACAGAAAGGUGGUGAACUGCAGGCGUCUGUCUUCUACAACCCGGUACAACGAUUCAACCGCGAUCUGAGUGUUCUCGCAGUCAAGGCGUAUGGAGAACAUUUGCUAGCUGUAAAGAAGCAGAAGGCCGAGAAGAGAAGACAAAAAGGGAUCGAGGGUGGAAAUCCUAGAGGGAAAAAGCGCAAGAGAGAGAAUGAAGAUGAUGAUGUCGGGAAUGACAGACCGUCUGUCGAAAACCCUGGCAGCGGCGCCACUGCCGGUGUGAAUGAGGUGGACGUUAUGGAUACCUCUGGCUCCACGACGGCAUCCUCAGAAACCAAAGAACCUGAUUCUAAUGUCCUAGACCCCAAAACUCAGUCAUUUCAAAUCCUUGAUGCCCUAUCCGCUACGGGUCUUCGCGCUCUGCGAUACGCAAAAGAAAUCCCUUUCGCAACUCGGAUCGUCUCGAACGAUUUGUCGCCUUCGGCCAUUCAGUCCAUGAAAGUGAACAUAGAAUAUAACGGGGUGGAGAAGAUUGUUCAACCGAACAAUGGCGACGCCCGUGUGUAUAUGUAUAGUCUCCUUGGGCCGCGGAAACCGGAUAGCAAUGGUGUCUACUUUGGAAAAUUCGAUGUUAUUGAUCUGGAUCCAUACGGCACGGCGGCUCCGUUCCUGGAUGCUGCAGUACAGGCGUUAAAUGACGGGGGCCUUCUCUGUGUCACCUGCACCGAUGCGGGUGUUUUCGCCUCGACCGGAUAUCCGGAGAAGACCUUUUCACUGUAUGGCGGUAUACCUAUCAAGGGCUCUCACGCUCAUGAAGCUGGACUGCGUCUUAUCUUGAAUGGAAUCGCCACCUCUGCCGCGAAAUAUGGUCUUUCGAUUGAGCCCUUGCUGUCCCUCUCCAUUGAUUUUUAUGCGCGCUUAUUUCUUCGAGUCUACAAGUCCCCGGCAGAGGUGAAAUUCAAUUCGGGAAAUACCAUGUUGGUUUAUAGCUGUGACAGCGGCUGCGGUGCUUGGUCAAUACAACCCCUUACCCAGACGAAACAGAGGCUGGACAAGAAAGGCGACCCUUUUUAUCAUCACAGUUUAGCGCAAGGUCCUGUUUCGACACCUCAUUGUGAGCAUUGUGGUUUUAAGACCCAUCUCGGUGGCCCCAUGUGGGCUGGUCCUCUCCACAAUCCACAUUUCAUUCAGAGAAUACUUAAUAUGCUUCCUGAGCUGGAUAGGGACACUUAUCAAACAGUGGACCGGAUUGAAGGUAUGUUGACGACAGCGCUAGAGGAAGAUCUCGAUCUAUGUGCACCUUCCAAAGAAAAGUCCCCAGACCCCAACGACAGACUAGCACUGUCGUCUCCAAUCAUUCCCCGGACGGAUCCAGCCGCACGCGAUCCUUACCCAUUCUUUGUCACUCUCAGUGCCCUUUCCAAGGUCCUACACACCCAGACCGUCCCAAUUAACGCCUUCCGUGGUGCUCUUUAUCACCUUGGCUAUCGGUCUACUCGCAGCCACACCAAACCUAAUUCUAUCCGCACAGAUGCCCCUUGGGACGUCAUCUGGGAAAUUAUGCGUGAGUGGGUGCGCCAGAAAUCCCCUAUCAAGGAAGGGGCUUUGAGCCCAGCGAGUCCCGGGGCGGCAAUAAUGCGGAAGAGCAGGGAAAAUCGUGAAGGGGAGCAGCAGCUUUCUGCUCUCCGGAAUGAGAUCACGGCCGCUUUGCAGAGCGGAAAAGAUGUCCACGAUCUGACUACCAAGAUUGAGGCUGCUCUAUACCGUUGUGGAUCUCGACAAGUGACGAACAAGUCACACACAGAAGGUCAAGGUGCAGUCACCACGAAUGCAGAUGCAGGGGAACAUGCCCGCGAUGGUGAUGUUCAUGAGGCAAGCAACGGCACCGCACCACCCAAGGGCAUCCCCGAAUCCAGACCCAAUCCUAGCACGUUGGACAUUGUAUUCGAUGAAGCUCUCGGUGAGAAGGCCUCUACCGCCAUUUCGAAGAAACGACUUGUGCGAUACCAGAUCAAUCCCCGAGAGAAUUGGGGUCCGAUGACUCGGGCCUCUGGUUAA